AUGUAUGCUUCCCGGGUGCACGAGCUCCGCUCGCGACGGCUUCAUUAAUUGCAUCGAGCAUGGAGGUGGUCGUCGUUGUGUCGCUGCCAACUGUAGCAAGAGUGCAGUUGGUAAGACAGAUUUCUGCGAGAGCCAGGGAGCCGACCGUCGCUGUUUACACCCCGAUUGUGCGGCUCCAGCUAGAUCCGGAGGAGAGGUACAAAUGUGUCAGAGGCACGGAGGUGGGAAGAGAUGCAAGGAGAUGGGAUGUGAGAGGGUGGUGGCUGCGCGAAGUGACCACUGUAAGCAGCAUCGGGAUCUCUACGGUCUGCCGAUUCGCACGGGAGUUGCGAGCCUG